AGCCUCAAAGACUUUCACAACACUUUCAUCUUUCCCUUGUUAACAUGGCUUCUUCUUUGUUGAUUUUGUGUCUUGUUCUGGUUUCGCUAGCCUCUUCUGCACUCUGUGCCGCCCCACGGAGACCAGUGGAUGUUCCAUUUGGCAGAAACUACAUUCCCACAUGGGCUUUCGAUCACAUCAAAUACUUCAAUGGGGGUUCUGAGAUUCAACUUCAUCUUGACAAGUACACUGGCACUGGUUUCCAAACAAAAGGGUCCUAUCUGUUUGGUCACUUCAGCAUGAACAUAAAGAUGGUUCCUGGUGAUUCAGCUGGCACAGUCACUGCUUUUUAUUUAUCAUCUCAAAACGCGGAGCACGAUGAGAUAGACUUUGAGUUCUUGGGGAACAGAACAGGACAACCUUACAUUUUACAGACAAAUGUGUUCACUGGAGGGAAGGGUGACAGAGAGCAAAGAAUCUAUCUUUGGUUUGAUCCCACAAAAGCGUAUCACAGAUAUUCUGUACUAUGGAACAUGUAUCAAAUUGUAUUCCUAGUGGAUAACAUCCCAAUCAGGGUGUUCAAGAACCUGAAGGAGUUGGGAGUGAAGUUUCCCUUUAACCAACCGAUGAAGGUUUACAACAGUUUAUGGAAUGCUGAUGAUUGGGCCACAAGGGGUGGUUUGGAGAAAACAGAUUGGUCAAAAGCUCCAUUCGUAGCAGAGUACAAGGGGUUUCAUGUUGAUGGGUGUGAGGCUUCAGUGAAUUCAAGGUUCUGUGCCACACAGGGUAAGAGAUGGUGGGAUCAAACAGAGUUUCGUGAUCUUGAUUCCUUUCAGUGGCGAAGACUCAAAUGGGUGCGUCAGAAAUUCACCAUCUACAACUACUGCACUGACAGAACCCGCUACCCUCAACUUCCACCAGAAUGCAGAAGAAACCGUGACAUUUAAAUUUUCAUCUGCUGUUUUUAUCACUUAUUUCUGUGUUCUACAACAACUUUCUCACUGCAUUCAUCAUUUACCAGUUACCAUACUUUAUUCCUACCAUUAUUUAUUACCAUUGUAUUGUUUGGAAUGUGUAAUUAAGGCCUUGGGUCUGAAUACAGAGGAAACUCUAUAAUAAAACUACGUAUGUUAUGUAA